AUGAAGCAGAUUAAGAGCUUAGAAGCUUUUCAGGAGGCCUUGGACGCUUCAGGAGAUGACUCUACAGUGUUGGACUUCCCAGGCCCGUGCUGUGGACCUUGCAGAAUGACCAGGUUCCUUUCAUCCCUCUCUGAACUGUAUUCCAAUGUGCUGUUCCUUGAUGUGGAUGCGGACGACUGCUGGGACAUUGCUGCAAACUGUGGGGCCAAAUGCAUGCUAAUCUUCAACGUCUCAGAAAAGGGGUCAAAAGCUGGGUGA